CAGAAGAAAAUAGAAGUACGCAGCUGGCAGGCAGACUGUGAGAAUUUCGAAGAUUGUUUUCGCUGAAAUUAGCCAAAAAUGCCUUAUUACGGAUUCAUGGAUGGACAGUCGACGGGCAAUGACUGGGUUAAGACUGCGUCAGGGUGGAAGAAACUGGUCGCAUUGAGAGAAAAUCUGCACAGACAUAUCAAGAAAAUCGCUCGUGAACGAUUCCACAGUUCAUGCAGCAAUGACUCUUCUGAAGAGGUACGCAGUGAGCAUCAUCACAAGGAUGGAGGGAUAGUUAACAGAGAUAAGGAUUGGGCACGGAGCCAAAGUUGUGAUGCAGUUGAGAAGUGGUCGGAGAGUGAAAGUCAGAAGAUGCACAGUGAUUAUCAAGAGAUAGACAAGCCGCAGACUUCAUUCGUUUUGAUCCAUCGAUCAGCUGGGGCCAGAGGUAUGUAUUACACAAUUGGGGAGAUGAUCUGCAAGUUGGACCUCACUGGUGCAGUAGGAGACCAUAGGAGAUUCAACUAUGUGUGCAGGCUUCUAGAGUUGAUUGUAACGUCUCGUUUCUCGUCUUUGAGUGGCUUGGCUCAGAAAGAGCUCCUUACUGUUCUUGAAGAACUCGUUAAUCUUGUCAGCGUGACGCAUCACAACAUGGAGCAAGUCAGGAGAAUACUACAUGGGGCUAUUGUUGCCAUGAACAACAGUUUUGCAUCUCACAUUGGUUGCCGAGCAACCUGGACUUGGCGCUUAGAGAUGCUCCAGGGCUUGUUGGAGAAAUUGGAGAGUAUUCAAAUCAGAGAGAGAGAUGAUGAUGGACUGUUGAAGCUGACUGAUCUCCCUGAUGAAGUCUUGAGUAGAAUCCUUAACCAUCUGAGUGAUCAUAGAGAUAUUGUCAACGUUGGUAAAACAAACUACCGCAUGUACAUUGUGGCUACGGAGAAUUUCCUAUGGAAGGAUCUGUGUCAAUAUCAUUUUACACACAGUCAGAUACAGGCAGUUGGCCAACAAGGUCCUGUGGAGACUGACUGGAAGUUAGCGUACAGCAAGCUACAUAAAAGACAUCCACUGCAUGAGGAUUAUGCUGAUUUAUUGCAGUUAUGCGCUUACUGUAACUGCCUCUUCUGGAGGAAUGGUGGUCACCCCUGUGCCAAGGAGCUUCUGCCAGAGGGAGAUACACGUCUAAUACAGAGGCCAGAACUACUCAUCAACUUCGAUAUCAAUCCUCAACAGUUCCUGGACCUCUUUCAAACUUGUGGAAACUUCUCCAGGGCCCGUUAGCCUUUUUAGGAACAUUCUGCACAAUAUAUGGGAGGAUGUUCUUGUACAGGAACAAAGGAAAGAACAGAAUAUAGCAUAGCAUGAAGAAGAAUAUGUGGACUAUACUGUACAUAAAGAAAAUCAGUGUUGGUGUUGUUUUGUUGCUCUGUCUGGGUAAAAUCAGCAGUAGUUUCUUGGCAGAGAAUUUUGCUGGACAGGUUCAAGCACUUUACUGUGCAUCUCAACAGUUCUGUUCUGUGACAAAGCAAUGCUGCACUAAUUCUUGGAUUUUUGUAAAAAAAAGAAUUCUGGAGGUUAAGUUUUGUAAAAUUUAAAUGGUGUUUUAAAAAGUAAUAGAAAUAAUAAUAUACUACUACAUGUAUACUAUAAUAUAUCAUGGUAGCAUAGAUUAUUAUGACUUUAACUAAAUACUGAACAGAUUUUUUCACUUGUGCAUGCAGGAUAUAAUUUUUUUAGAUUUUGUAUAAACAAAAUUGAUGAAUGAUGCAAUGGUUAUUGAUCAGUAUGUUUUGUUGGAAGAAGUGAAUGUAUAUUAUUGGAUGUUUCUUCUUAAAAUGUUGAUGGUUAAGGGUUGGUAUAUUUAUGGCAAAUUGUCCGAUUUGAAGCACUUUAUCCACAAAUGAAGCCGUAAAAAUGAAGUUGUAUACAACGUAAAAAGUAGGCUCAAUAAAUAUGGAUUUUGAAUUUUACAACUUGAAAAAAAUAGAUUUCAAAGUAAUUGUAUCCUUGUUUAGAAAAAAGUUGCUGUGAACUUUCAAAAGCCUGAUUAUUCCUCAUAAUGGACAGUAUGUCUUCUGCAGUUAAUACAUCUUUUCUGACUACAAAAAUGUGACAAAUAAUUGGUAAGGCUACUGGCUUUAUAUUUCCAUAAGUUUUUCUUUCCCUGAAAGUUGGGCUGGGUAACGGUAGUUUUACCAAGGAACUUCUUAACCCCUUAAAAUAUUGAUUUUAUGUUUAUAGUGUGACAUUCGAUUGCUUGUAUAAGGGUAGAUUCCCUGUGUAUUUUUCGAAGAAAUACCACUGCAUGCUGCACAUUUUUGUUUGGUUACUGUUUCUGGUGAAUUAUAGUUGGGAGUGAAAACAUUCUGGCUGCAAAUCAUCUUAAAGAGUAUACUUUGCACAAGUAAGACAUUUUAAAAAGUUGUGUAGUCUCAAGAAGUAUUUUCUUUCUUUGUCACUAUAGCCUACAUCGACUUAGUUACGUGUGCGUUUUUCAUCUUUCUUGAGAUUUAUACUUUUAAAAAGUGUGCGUUAUAAGGUAGUAUAUGGUAGAGCCAUGGUGUCUCUUGAAAGCCUUGACUAUGACGUCAUGAUGUCGUCAUAGUCGUCAUGGAUUCAAGUCUUUAUAACAACCGCAUACCUCACUGAGGAUGGUGUUAAACACAUCCAUCGUGCCUCACAAUAGCCUAUUGUACUAUCAACUAAAUAAACUAUAUAGCGCCAUUGUUCCACACCUUGGUGGUAGCUUUAUACGCACAUCGCACAUGCUGGUAGUUUAAUAAUAUUAACAUGCAGAUUCUUAAUUCUGCCAUUUUUGUUUAGAAUACAUGGACUGCACAUGACGUCAUUGACCGCCAUUAUUAUUUUCAUUUAAAACAACGGAAAAGUGCACGCAGCCACGCUGCUCAGUCAAAUUGACGUGUGCGAAUUACGAUGGCUGUCAAUGCAAGGGGACUAUUAAUUUGACAACACUGUUUUUUUUUUU